UUCGUCCCCUCCCCGCGGGCAGGGGGCGUGCGGGCUCUCGGUGGGCCGGGGGGGGAAGGCAGCGCAGGGUCCACCUCGAUCCUGAUGCCUGCGCGGCGUUGCCGAGCAUCCUGGCGAGGCGGUGCUGGCUGUUCCUGCCAUCUUGGCCCCAGCCUUCCCCAGGGACCCUCCUUCUCUGCAGCAGCGCCUCCGCGCCCGCGGCGCCAUGUCGUUCCGCUACGGUUACGGCGGGGGCCUCGGUGGAGGCGCGGGCGGCCUCGGCGGCGCGUACGGCUCGGGCCGCGCGUACGGCGCCAGCGGCAUGUACGGCGCGGGCGGCCUGUACGGCGCGGGCGGCGCGUACGGAGGCGGGGGCGCGGACUGCGGCACGGCGUGCUGCGCGACCACCACCUCCUGCAUGGGCUGCGGCCCCGGCGCCGGCGCGGCGUGCGCUGAGGGCUCGGGCUGCGGCGGCGGCGGCGGCACGAUCCUGAGCUACGUGGGCCCGGGGGGCGACUACGUCCAGGAGACCACGUACAAGUACGUGGGCAUGGGCGCGGGCGAGUUCGGGGCGGUCCGCAUCCCUGGGCGCGGCCCGAACUGCUGCCUGAUCUGCCUCGUGCCCUUGGGGCUGUCGCUCCUCCUGCUGCCCCUCCUGCUCUUCGCGAUGGCGCCGGGCUCGACGACGACCACGACGACGACGACCACCACCCCGGUGAUCAUCACGACCACUCCGCCGCCUGACACCACCACCGCGAAGACCACCACCACGAAGGCCACGACGGCUGCGCCCCCGCCCCCGCCCCCGCCGCCCCCGCCCCCGCCGCCGCCCCCCCCGCCCCCGCCGCCCCCGCCGCCCACGACCACGGAGAAGAAGAUCAACUGCGGCGAGGGCGACGUCGUGUCUUGGGAUGUGCCCAAGAAGGUGUACUGCUGCCUGCACGAGGGCAAGGGCUGCCCGACGACACCGGCUGCGCCCAGCACCAUGCCGGCGCCGGUCGUGCCCGUCGCGCCGGUCGCGCCAGUGGUGACAACGGCGAUGAGCACCACGUCCCCGUGCCCGAUCGACUGCAACGCCGGCUACAACGACCUCGACCCGCUGCAGUGGGUGCGCGGCUGGUCUGGCGAGAAGAAGAUCUACUGCUGCAAGACCGCCAACAAGGGCUGCCCCUCGGAGCUGCCCCCGCCCUCGGGCCUCCCGCAGGGCGACGCGCCCCCCGAGGAGGACAAGAGCGAGUACGACUGCGACGCGGGCUACCACCACUGCAUGCACUGCCUGGAGCUGUCGUGGUCCCCGGGGAAGAUCGCCUACUGCUGCAAGAACCAGCACAAGGGCUGCAAGGGCGAGGAGCCGGAGUGAGGAGCCCGCCCGCGCGGCUCCGCCGUUCGGGCUUGAUGCGGGUGGGCCGCCCGCAGCUCUCGCCUCUCGAGCGGCUGCCCCCGUUUCUGUUUCUGUCGUUGUCGAAGGGGGGCUGGUCGCGGCCAGAGCCCGCCGGGCGUGGAGGCAAAGCUACACGCGCCCGCGCGCGGCUCCCGUUGCCGCUCCCCGCCGCUCCCCUGCGGAGGAGACGUCAGGUUCCUCGAGCUCGAUGCAUGGGAGUCGCCAGCGCCAG